CACCUACUCGCCCCAAACUACCUAUUUUAUGCUCACUGGCUUGCCUGCUACCUAGUGCCGGCCCCUGCCCAGCCAGGCCCCUGCUGCUUCCUGCUGGCAGUCUUUGGGGACACCCCCCCCCCAGGCUGCGCCAAGAAGGCACUGGGGUCUGGGGAUCAGGGCAUUGGCUUCUAUUUAAAUUGAAAAAUAAUAUAUUUAUUCCAAAGCAUUCUAAGUGCUGCAACCUAGAAGCCCUCCUUCUCUGGCCUGGGCACCCCAAGUUCAGGCCCAUCAUCCCCCCAAUUCUGGAGGGGAGCAUUCCCAAGCUAGCUGCAGAUCUCUGGAUUAGCUUCUGCUUAGUAGGACUGCAGAGAUGCUCCCAGCCUCCUUGCCCUCUCCUCUGGCCCCUGUGUCCUGCUGUCCAGCCAUGUUGAAUAUGUACACCCUGACUUUUCCUACAAUAGCAAAUCUUGUAUAUUUGAACAAGAUUUUUUUUUUGGUCAUUUAUAUAGUCUUGGAGCUCAUUUGUAAGGCAAUGUCUUGAGAAGGAUGUGUUACUGGGGUGACUUUGUAGCAUGGUGUGUUGUCUUGAGCUAACUCUCUAGCGGGUGGAGAGGGCCAUUGCCCUCUCCAGUGCCCUUCAUCUCCUGUGUUGUCCUGCGUCCCCCUAGUCCCCCUCGGCUCUAGCCUGGGGUUUCAGGAACAGGAAGGUUUGCUUCCCGUCUUGCCCAGCUGUGUUUCAUGUAACAGAAAAAUAAAGAUGCUUGGUGACAAAGAAACAAACAUGACUGCUUUAUCUAGAGGGUCCUGGGGAAGAGAGGGUGAGCAUAUGGGAGAGCAAGCUCUGGUUGUGCCUGUGUGCCCAAAGAGGCUUUGGGGAAGCAAAAGUGGAAGGAUGAAUAGGAUCCAAGUGUUGGGUUCCAUGUUGUGGUGUAUAUGUGUGUCAAGUCCCUUUUUGUGUGGAUUUUUUAUGUGUGGACUUGUAUAGGUAUAUGUGUACCUCUCUUUGUGUAGUUUGGUGUAUGUCUGUGUAUUCUUACAUGAGAACAUACUUGUAUGUAUUUCUGUGUUCAUGAUUGAGAGCAUGAGCUUCCGUGUGUCCAUAAUUGUGUAUGUGCAUUUCUCUGUGUGGAGAUUUUUGUCCGGUUUUUGUGUGUAUGUGCCAACAUCUUCCAGAUCCCUUGAAAAUAGAAUCUUCGAUGGAUACAUUCUAUCCUAUGAACCUCCCUAAAAGCUUUCAUAAACUCCGUGAGCGAAUCUAAAAUCUGCCCUUUUCUCGAAGGCUCUGCGGUGGGCUUGGAAAGGAAUAUUACCCUUAGACUGAUCCCGAAUUCUUCCUGAGCCCUGAACCCGGCCCCAGGCUAGGAGGUGGGAUUCAGGGCCUCUGACGCAGCCCCCACCCCCACCCCGCAUUCAGGCGAGUCAGGGCGCCCCAGGGCCCAGCACUGCAGCUAAGGGGUGCGGGAAGGGGUAGGGGCCGCACCCCGUGCUGCAAAGCCUGAAACCUCGGUAGGGGUGUCUGGGCGCGGGAAAGGAUGAAGGGCCGGGGAAGGAGCGAGGGGCGGUGGGGACAGCGCAGAACAGCGUGAGCUCAGCGGGCAAAGACCUCGACUCCAGUCUCCUGCCCGGGUUGGGCCCGCUUCUUAUUGCUCUUUUAGUAAAACCCGGCCCAAUUGGGUCCGUGAAACCUGCGGCCCCAAGUCGGGGCGGCCUCCGUGGUAAGAUGGCGCCGGUGUAAGAGCUGCCUCCUCUUAGUGAUGGGGAAAGGGUCAUAAAUCCGUUGUUGUUUAUGAAAAUUUACAACUUUGCAAUACAACUUUAUGAGUUGUUCGGCCCUUCCAUUGGCCGCUGUCGGUCAUGUGGAUGGGAACCGUGAACAUGAACUUUUUUAUAAUUUCCCUUGCGAGAAUAGAGCCGCAUUCUUUCGCUCCGCUCCGUCCUGCCUGCUUCGGAGCUCUGCCUUCCAGCCUGGCUCGGCUAUGCUUUGUCCGGCGAUGGUGAGCGAGAUGAGGCCCCUGCCCGGCCUGGCCCGGCCGCUCCCGCUGGAGGUGGGGCGCGCCCAGUUCCCGGCGCCGUGGCGGCCGCUUUGCAACUCGCAACCUGGCUAAUUUCCUGCGUCCUCUGGCACCAGGAAGGAGGACAAUUCGUCUCCUCGGGCUGCCCAAGCGACAGCUGUCAGAGGUGCAGGAGCUUCUGGGAGCCGCCAUCUGAAGGUGAGACAUGUGGGGAGACAGGAGCAAAGGUGGUGAGAUGGCGCCAGGGGCGGUGGGUGAGGGCACCCAGGGCGGCGCUGAAGAGGGGCAUACUCAGCCUCACCCACACUCACCGUUCACAUUCGCCCCCCCAACACACACACUACAGCACACACACUACAGCGCGCGCACACACACGCACGCACACACACACACACACACACACACAGCCUCUCUCUCCUCUGCCUGGCUCACCAUGGCAGUAAAGGCCGCCUUCCCUCCAUGGCACAGCGCCUGGCACCGCGUGGGAGCACUGAGGUCUUCUGUCUCCCCUUCCCCAGAGACCUCAGGAAGACCAAAAGGAAGUGGCUCUGCACCCUGCCUUCCCUACCAGCCCCUCGGGUUUGGAUUUUUUCUCUCUCCCCUUCAUGACCAAAUUGGUUUGAUUGAAUUCCCCAACAAGUGGAGACAGUUCCCGACAUGGGAAGGUGGGAAGAGGUGAGGGCAAGAGUGAAUUAAUCGACAGACAUUUUAUUAGCAUAAACACACCACCUUCUAUUCCAUGGAAAUUGGUUUCUGGAGAGAAAGGGGGAAUGAGGGAAAAACAAACAAGGACUUACUAAUUCAGCCAGAGUCCUCUGCUGAUUGCCUGCUUCCCUUCACGCUGUUUUCCGAUGAGAGAAGUGUCUGAAGCAGCGGGAGAAGGAAUAGGUGCCUGGGUGCAACUCUGUGUUGGAGGAGAUGAUGGGGUUAAUUGGCUGGGUGUUGCUUGGCGGGAAGUUUCGGCGCAGAGGAUGUAGUGGUGCUUUUGCGAGUGGCAGGAGCCCACAGCUAAGGUGGAAGGAAGGAAGCAGACCGAGUUUGGGCGAUAGGGGGACCCCCCACUCACCUCGGCGCGGCGGGCUGGAGACCGCGCGCCCCACUACCCGCCGGCGGGGAGAGGACGGCGGCAGCGCCCGGGAGUCGGCGCGGAGGGUGCCGCGGGCAUUGUCUUUAUGUAGCCCGGUGACCCAGACUGUGGCUUGGCCUGGGUGCGCCUUGGCCAGAUUUGCCCCAGGGAGCUUCCCGGGACAGCGAGUAGAAACGAUCCUGAGGUUCUGGGCUCGUGUUCUUUUUGUUUGUUUUUUGGCUUUGGCUGUUGUUUUCCCACCUUAAGAUAAUACUUUGCUGUGCGUUAGAUAAUUAAGAAGGGGUUGGGGAUGUCUGGGACGUCCACUGGCGGUGCGGGUGCGCUCAGGGCGGAUAAAGCGCCGCGUUUGCAUCGCAGAGCCGCGGGCUGCCUGACUGCGGCUGCCGCGGGCAGAUUAUUUAUUGCGACCGCGCUAGCGCUCGCUGCUGCCACGCUGUGGCCGUCACCGGGACCGACGCCAGCCACAGCCCCGCGUCGUGCAGCCUGGCGCAACUGCUGCGCGGGCCCCUCAGAGAUUCCCUAGCAGGCCGAGGAGAGAGGGGCGAGGGAGGACCUAAGGGGCGGCCUUCCAGGGCUGACGGGCCCGGAACCUCCCCUGCCUUGGUCACCCUUGGCAGGAACUGGACUCCCGACUAGACUCGGGUCCUCCCGCCCCAACCCCAGCACCAUGGAGACUGGUUGCACAGGCCGCCUGGCACGUCAUGGCUGCUUCUGUCCAAACCGCGCGUCCCAAGGCGCCCCGGGGGCGCACGCUGGUUCGAGGAACGCGCCCGCUUUGGGAUUUUGAAAUCGGAGAGAGCACUCCUAGUCCUGAGGCCUGCAGGCCUGGCUGGCCCUGAGGAGGAUUGUCUAUGGCAAGGAAGGCGGGCUUUGGCUCCAAGCGAGGGCCUGUGACAGGCAGAGGCCGCACCUGUGUGCUAUGGGCUCUGGCCUGGGCUCGAGAUCCCGGCGGACAGGGUGGCCUUCAAGGUCCCCCCAACACACCAGCAGGCCGCCCUCCAGGCUGAUGGAGGUGGAGGAGCUCAGUGGGCAGCCCAGGGAAAGGGCGGACUAUGGGGCCCUGCUCGCCAUCCUGUCCCCCUUGAAGAGCAGCUGAAAGGCUACGUGUGCCGCCUGGUCAUUCAAAUUGUCAAUUUUAGGUCCAGAAGUGUCCAAACUACAAGUUCUCAAAACUCUCUGAAAAAUGGCUCCCUCCGAGUUAAGAAAGAAAAAAUAAAAAGUGCCCAUCUGGUUAUACUGGAAUGGACUCGCUUUACAUCCUUGGCCCGAUAUCUCUCAGCUGCUCACCCACCCACCCCUUGCGGCUCCUGCCUGGCUUCUCAAAGCAGGGCAUCUCGGGCGCGGACGCGGUGAGUGCGAUAUAGGGAAGGGGAUCAGCUGGUGAGAAAACCCGUCUGUUGGCCUCAUUCGUUUUCUUCCGGGGCCAGGAUUAAAGCCAGGAUACCUCCUUGGUCCUGACGCCAUUCCCUCCCCCAGGCGGCCUCGAACCCUGGAGGACGCCAGGCCAGGCUAGGCUGGGCCCGAGGUCAGCGCCCGGCCGCGGCCACCCGGCCGCCCCGAGGCCUGGACCAUGAGUGGGGCACGCGCAGGGCCAGGCCUGGGUGUCCGUGAACACUAGAAGGCUGGCUGGCCCCGAAUUCCCCGCGGGACUCAAAGUUGGGGGGUUGGGGGACCAAAGCGCCAGCUCCCUCCCUCCGCCCAGAGCCGGACAGGAGCAUCCAUCACCCACCGGCGCGCUUCCUGAUCCGGGUUCGCGCGGGCAGCACACCCAUUGGCAGGACUGGGUCACGUGGGGGCUACUGGGCGGGGCGCGCGCGGGGCCGAGAAGAAACGCAAGCUCGCGCGCGCGAGUGGGCGGGGGAGGAGCGGCGCGAACUUUGGUGGCGUUGGCGGCGGCGGAGGGAGAGGGAGGGGGAGAAAGAAGGGGAGGGGGAGGGUGGGCGCUUGACAGCGGGGGAGGGGAAGGGAGGAGAGGAAAGGGGGGAUGGGAAGCGAGACAGGAGGGGGAGGGGCCUCGGCGAGCCCAGAAAAACGACAACGCGAGAAAAAUUAGUAUUUUUGCACUUCACAAAUUAAUGACCAUGAGCUCGUUUUUGAUAAACUCCAACUACAUCGAGCCCAAGUUCCCUCCCUUCGAGGAGUACGCGCAGCACAGCGGCCCGGGCGGCGGAGACGGCGGCCCGGGCGGGGGCCCCGGCUACCAGCAGCCCCCAGCGCCCGCGGCCCAGCACCUGCCACCGCAGCAGCCCCAGCUCCCCCACGCGGGCGGCAGCCGCGAGCCCCCCGCCUCCUACUACGCGCCGCGGGCUGCCCGCGAGCCCUCCUACCCCGCGGCCGCGCUCUACCCCGCGCACGGGGCCGCCGACGCCGCCUACCCCUAUGGCUACCGCGGCGGCGCCAGCCCGGGGCAGCCGCCGCAGCCCGAGCAGCCCCCGGCGCACGCCAAGGGUCCCGCGCACGGCCUGCACUCGAGCCAUGUUCUGCCGGCCGGGCGGCAGCCCCCGCCGCAGCCGCCGCCUCCCCCGCAGCAUCGCGCUGCGCCCCCCGCGCCCCCGCGGCGCUGCGAGGCGGCUCCGGCCACCCCGGGCGUCCCGGCAAGGGGCAGCGCCCCCGCGUGCCCGCUGCUCCUGGCCGACAAGAGCCCGCCUGGCCUGAAGGGCAAGGAGCCCGUGGUGUACCCCUGGAUGAAGAAGAUCCAUGUCAGCGCCGUCAACCCCAGUUAUAACGGAGGGGAGCCCAAGCGCUCUCGAACCGCCUACACCCGACAGCAGGUCUUGGAGCUGGAGAAGGAGUUCCAUUUUAACCGCUACCUGACCCGGCGGCGCCGCAUCGAGAUCGCCCACACGCUCUGCUUGUCGGAGCGCCAGGUCAAGAUCUGGUUUCAGAACCGGAGGAUGAAGUGGAAGAAAGAUCACAAACUGCCCAACACUAAGAUGCGAUCCUCCAACUCGGCCUCGGCCUCAGCAGGCCCGCCAGGGAAAGCACAAACUCAGAGCCCGCACCCGCAUCCCCACUCCCACCAGGGCGCCUCCACACCCAUUCCCUCCUCCAUAUAAUCUUCUGGAGAUCUGGAUCAGUUUCUUUCCCCCACCUGCUUUUCUCUCUUCUCCCCCUUUCCCCAUCCACCCCUCCCCAUCUGGACCAUAACAGACCCCAAAACAAAACCCAACUUGGUGAAAAGGAUAAUAGAAAAGAAGACAUUAUCCUGGUAAGAGUUUACUGGUUGCCAUCCAAGAGAGGACAAUAGCCAGGAUGCUGGCUGGUGGAACAACCUGCUGGCCUGAACAAGGCUGCCAGGAUUGGGUACCUGAGAAGGACCACUUGGCAUCAGAUACUUUUGAGAUGGCUAAAGUCAGCUAGACAGCCCAAGCUGACUGGGGACAUGUACAUGUAUAUUUGUUGCAAGCAGAAGAAAACAGACCUCUUUCCCUCAUUCCUUACCUCCCCCUCCCUCGUUAAGGCAGCUCAUACAAGCUUGCAUUGAACUGAAUAAAUGAGUAGACAUUGUGGACCUCACAAGAUUAUUUAAUUCUGAAAAUGUAUAGACUUUGAUGGUAAAUGUGACACAUGUUAGUUUCCCUUCUUUGCAUUUAUUUAAAAUAUUGUAGAGAUAUUGUUGUCUUAUUCUGAGGCACAAUCUCCGGGGAGAGGGGAGUGCGUUUAGACCCAUGUGCAACUGUACAAAUUGUGUUGUGGCUAUAUAGAAAGCCAUGUGCUAAGAAUAAACUGUUUUAAAGUUCUAAGA